GGAGCGUAGAAACACUAAAUUAAAGAUGGCCAAAAACAUCAAGAAAACUACGUUGGCCAACAAAUUGGCCAAAAAGGGAGAUGUUAUCAAGCCAACGACGAUAAUAAGCAAGCAAGCUAGGACAGAUAAUGUGAGGGAUAUUGAGGACCUAGUGGGGGUUUCAUCUAAUGCAACGGGAUCUAGUAACUCGAUUUACUUCUCCCCCAUUCGAACCCGAAAACAGCGUGUUAUAAACGGGGAAUCACUGAAAAAUAAUAUCGUUAAAGUUGAAGCCUUAUCUCCAACUCGAGUUGCACCCAAAAAGAAUAAAAAGGAGGAUCAGUUGGUAUCCAAACUCCAAAUAGGAUCGGCUACGGUUGUUAAAUGUAAGAUUGUGCCAGAUGUGGUCGACUCUCCUAUUCGGAUUGAUAAUAUAAAGAAAGAAUUAGAACCGCAAAUAAAAAAGGAAAUUGAUGAUAUUAAAGAAGGUUUGGUUAAGAUUAAGAAAGAAGUUAAUUCCCAGGAGGAAUCUCAAUUAUACCACGAUGUAGAAGCACCUCAUCCUUUUUGGUACAAUCAUUUGGAAAACAUUCGUAACAUGAGAAACUCGAAUUCUGCUCCAGUGGAUACAAUGGGAUGCCACCGCUGUGCGGAUUCCACAGCAGAUGCAAAGACACAACGCUUCCAGAACUUAGUAGCCCUGAUGCUAUCCAGUCAAACCAAGGAUCAAACUACUUAUGAAGCCAUGAAUCGCCUUAAAGAACAAACUCUUACUCCACUCAAGAUAAAGGAGAUACCAAUUGCGGAAUUGGAAAACUUGCUGCAUCCCGUUUCCUUCUAUAAGAACAAAGCCAAGUACCUCAAGCAAACAGUUGAUAUAUUGUUGGACAAAUAUGAUUCAGAUAUCCCGGAUAAUCCCAAAGAACUUAUUGCUCUGCCUGGAGUCGGUCCCAAGAUGGCUCAUAUAUGCAUGGCAGUAGCCUGGAACAAGAUCACCGGAAUCGGAGUCGAUGUCCAUGUACAUCGGCUUUCGAAUAGAUUGGGUUGGCUCCCAAAACCUACGAAAGAACCGGAACAAACCCGAGUCGCAUUGGAAAAGUGGCUCCCAUUCAGUCUCUGGUCGGAAGUAAAUCAUCUUUUCGUCGGGUUUGGACAAACCAUUUGUACCCCAGUUAAGCCAAAUUGCGGUGAAUGCCUAAACAAGGAUAUUUGUCCUUCAGUUAACGUACAAAUUAAGCCGAAAAAGAAGAGUGACCGCUAAAUAGGCUUUGUCAAAAAGUAACUAAAAAGUAAAUUGUCGUAAAAUUGAAUGUAUAAAUUGUGUUAACAAAACUCAGGAAAUGUAACGUAAAGGACUACAAGUCCCUGCCAUCAUACAAAUGUCAUUGAAAACAUUCUUAAGGUUUAUCAUUUUCAUUUAAAAGUAUUUUAUAAGUAGGUAAUAAGAAACAAAUUUGUGAUUGAGUGCAAAACACAUUACAAAACCA